CUACCGUAAAUGACACAACGAAGAAGAAUUUUAACGGCAAGGAAGGGAGAUUUUUUUUUCUUUUUUUUUCACCGAGAGACGAAUAUGCGUUCACUUCUUGGUUUGGUAGCUGUUGUUGUUUUAGCGACCUUAUAUUUGUAUUUACUCUCUCUAUACUUUCCUGCGGCGCCCGGACGACGUCCUCAUGCAGAAGCGGAACGUUUGCAAACCCACUCCGAGCAGCACAUCGACGCCUUCGAGGCACCGAGCAGGUUGAAGUUCCCUUCAGACUUGGAGGAGUUGAGGGAAUUGGCUGAACUUCUGCAGUUUUACAAGACGGAGCACACUGGUUAUGUCCUGCUUCUUUUCUGCAGUGCAUAUCUCUACAAGCAGUCGUUUGCCAUUCCUGGCUCGUCAUUUCUGAACAUUCUAGCAGGAGCUAUAUUUGGACUGUACCAAGGACUCCUGCUUGCUUGUGUUCUCACCACUGUGGGCGCCACCAAUUGUUACCUACUAUCCCAAGCCUUUGGAAAACGCUACAUUGUUAACGUCUUCCCUGAUAAAGUCUCAAGUCUGCAGAGGAAGGUGGAAGACAACCGGGACUGUUUGUUCUUCUUCCUGCUCUUUCUGAGAUUCUUUCCCAUGAGUCCCAACUGGUUUUUAAACAUGUCUGCCCCGAUUGUCAGCAUCCCCAUCACCUUCUUCUUCUGCUCUGUCUUUAUCGGGCUUCUCCCGUACAACUUCAUCUGCGUCCAGACAGGCGUCAUGCUGUCUGAGGUGUCCUCUCUGGAUGACUUGUUCUCCUGGAAACGGUUGUUCCAGCUGCUGGCAAUUGCUUGCAUGGCUCUGAUACCCGGUGCCCUCAUCCACCAUUACAGUCAGAGGCGUCUCAAACUGGGCGACCAACAGAAUGGCGUCACCACAGACAGGAAGAUACAGUGAUGGUUCCAGAGAAGGACUACAUCAAGUGGUGAAGCACUCCUUUUUCUGUUUGUCGCUAUCGGUGGCAGAUGUGAGGACAUCUGAUUGGACUCCUCUGAAAGCUUUUCAACCCCAGGAGCUUUUAAUUUGGACUUUAUGGUCACACCAAGUGGCAGAAAGGGAUUGCAGCAGGUUUGAGGUGAACAAUUUUGUGGUUGUAAAUGUUAAUCUCUCCUUGCAUAUGUGAGCACAAGAGUAGGAAAGUGCUGUACUCUCUAAGGAGACAUUAAGUACAGACAGACUGCUGUCUGACCACAGAACACUUGUUUAAAAUGCAGAGUCCCUUAAAGACCUGACCUCUACCUCUGACGAAGAUCACAGGAAGAGAUGGAACUUGAUUCAGCUGGUUGACAUGAAAGUUUACUACUUACUGUACGGCACAAGGGUAUGAUUGUUGUAUUCAUUCUGUAUUUUCGCUGGACAUAAUUUCUUUAGGGUUCUCUCUUUUUGCUUGGGAGCAUCUCAGCAGAUGUGAUAUGGAUUAGCACGUUGGUUUGGCAAGUUCUUAUUUACACUGGGUGCCUUUCCUGGCACAACUCCACCUGCACAUGGAGAAUCAAGCACAGGUGGUCUUAAACCACCACCAUUUUGUUUUUGUACUUGGCUGUGAUAUUGUUGUGUAUAUUUUGCAAAUUAAAUUUAAAUUCAAAUGUAUUUUUCCAAAUGUUCUUCCAAAAGUGUUAAAUGUAUUAGAAACAGUAUUCUGAAUGAAAAUAUUUUCAGCCAAAUGUAUGAUUUCAUUUUUUUUUUUAAAUUCCAGCUAUAAUUGUCUGCAUUCUUUUUUUAAAAUGUGAAUGUGCACUUGCUGUUGCUGGUUUAAGGCCUCUGUUAAAUCCAGUCUUAAUGGUG